CGUAAAAUGUCGAUGCUGGGUGUUCCUCUCCGUACUUCGUGAUGACUCGACGAUGAUUUCCACGGACAGUUCAGCUGCUGCUUUGUACAGGGAACCAUGACGAAUUUUGGUCGACGGUGCAGCACGGGUCUUCUUUACAAGUACUACAAACCAGCAGAUGAACGAAUGGAGAGUCAAAGAGCAAGAGAAUUACAAUGAUGGCACCAAUCACCUUGGCAAUGAUUCUGAUCAGGAUCAGCAAGAUGUUCGAACAGCUUUAAGGAGCUAGAUCUGAUUGAGGAAAUAAGAAGGAUAGCAAAAAAUUGAAUCAUGGGUUCCCUGCCGAAUCUUCAUGAGUUGUCAAAGGACAAACUCGCGAGCCCUGCUUAUAGACCAGCACCAAUUGGUGGUUUAGGACCUAUACGACUGCCAGCUCAACCUCCACCAUUAGCACAUACUCAUAGACGUGCUAGAAGUAGUGGUCACCACCAUGCAUUAUGGGAUAACGAUGCUAUGUUAGAGCACAUGGCAGCUUAUUCACCCAUUUCUUGUCGUUCUACGAGAACAUCUGCCUUAUCCUGGCGUCGACGAGACUCGAUGAAUUCUUCGGCUGGAGCAUCGUCCGUGCGUCGCUUAAUAGCCGCUGUAAGAGCAGCACCUUCCGGUCCUCGACCACCGAAAAGGGCAAUUUUGAGGCAUUGUGCUGCUCUUCUCUUAGGACAUGCGAGCUGCUCUGCUGCCACGUUGCCAAUGUUCCCAUUGCAGGCUGGUCUUGGCACCUUCAAUCCUCAGCUUGGACCUAUGCUUCUUGCUCUUCUUUAUGCAACAGCAACGAUUACCAGUUGUUUUGCUCCAAUUAUCCUCCAGAGACUUGGGACAAACCUCGCGAUAACCACCACUCACAUGGCUACCACAAUUUUUGUCGGUGUACAUCUUUAUCCGAAGUGGUAUAUAUUAUUACCCAGUUAUGCAAUGUUGGGUGCCUGUGUUACACCAAGUUUCAUAGCACGAGUUUCACAUGUAAAUGCCUCAGCGACUAGUCUAGCUCUAGUGUGCGUUGAUCCCGAGGAUCCUGAUGAGACACGACGGGAAUGCCUUCUUAGAAGACUUAAUCGAGGAAUCAGAUUAGCGGAAGACAUAGGUCUCGCACUAGGUUGUCUAAUUGCUGCCAUACUUGUAAAACUAACGGAUUCGAUGCCUGUUAGUACGAUGAACAAUGAGAUGAAUGAUAUCUGUGGAGCAGAGUAUUGUCCAGAAGAGAUUUAUCUUUACAAUGGUACAAUUAGCAUGCCAACGUUAUCAUCUGGAACAUCAAAAAUAUUGGUCAGCAUAUGGCUUGGUCUUGCUGUCCUAGGAUUCAGUAUAUCGUGCGCAUUCCUCGACUCCAGAAUGAAGGAACCACAAAGUGUGAAUGAAAAACACAGCGCGCAAAACAUACUCGCAUCUAUUAAGUCUGCAUUUCAGGAUCCGAAGUUGCAAUUGGCGGCACCGUUAACACUUUUUAUUGGACUUGAACAGGGAUUUAUCUACGCUGAUUUUAUAGAAGCAUAUGUAGUCUGUGCUUUGGGUGGAGCUGGCACAGUAACUCUUAGUUUCUUAAGUCUGGCAUCUUUGCAAGCCCUUGCUGGCGUGACAUUAUCAAUGUUGUUGAGGCACAUUAAAAGAUACUUUGUUGUAGUUGUUGGAUUUGUAUUCCAUGCAUGUUUACUGCUGGUUUUGAUCACAUGGAGACCAUCUGGGGAUGAUCCAGCACUUUUUCAUGUUAUAUCUGCUGCCUGGGGAGUUUGCAAUUCCAUUUGGGAAACUCUAAUAUAUACAUUAGUAUUGGGUUUGUAUCCAAAUUCUUGGCAAGGACCUUUGUCGACAUCUCUUUUCUGGAGAUGGCUCGGUCUUGCCCUCACUCUUGGUUUGCAUGGGCUAGUCUGCACGCAGUUUCGCGUACUUGGCCUUGCUUGCGUGCUACUCCUGUCUGUGGUUCCUUAUAUAUGGCUAGAAAUCAGACUGGCCAAGAGAGGUAAAAGCCUGGCACCAUUGUGACUGGGAGAUACCACUACAAAUGAUCAUGCUUUAAGCGCCAAGACAGAAUCUCGUUACAGAGAUUGAGAAAAAUUCGUUCCAUUCAGCUUAAAAACGACGAAGAGACAUACUAGAAGCAGAAGACCUUGUGUAGAACAUAGUGCAACUGCAACUACAACAAAGAAAUGUUCACGACGGAGAGCUCACAGUGUUGCAUUUUCUUCUAAUAUUGCUCGUAAUCACAAAGGAUGUUCUGUCGCAGCCACUGAUACUAAAUGAACCAAAGUUUAUCACAGUACGAUUGUUCCUGUCUCUAAUGGCUGAACUGAAGUUUUCAAUAUCUCUCGUAUUUAAACGUUAGACUGGGAUGGAAGAACAAGGUCAAUUUUGAAUUAGUGAAACUUAAUCGCACAUUUCUCAGGUAAUAACAAAAUUCGCAACAUUUCAAAUUUUUUAAAUGUCUCUACAUACAAUGUUGAACGAAAGUUUCAUAUUAUUUUUUAGUUGUAUGUUACAGAAAUUUAGAAGGUCUAUACACCCAGUCUAUUCUUUAAGUACAAUUUGCUCUGUGAGAUCUUUUUUCAAGUUGAAUGGAACGAAGAUACAGGUAAGAUCACAAAAAGUUCUUCGUGCAAAAAAAAAUGAAUGCUCUUGCGGGGAAUUACUUGUUCCGCUAUAGUACGAUUGGUUGAAUAAACCAAUGUACAAGACUGAGCGAUAGCAAAGUAUAUGUGUGUAUAUAUAUAUAUACUUCUUUGACAAAUCAUAUUAAGUGACGUUGAAACGUCGAAAUGUACCUGAUGUCUUUCAAACCAAAGUAAUUCUAACCGUGCGAGAAAGUGAAAUGGGCAAUCACGUUUGUCCUGUAUCACAGAAUCGAAAUGAAAUACUAUAAGACACUUAAUAUAAAUAUAGUCAUAGUUUAAUUAUAAUUAUUGCACAAUCAAUACCAAAGCUUAUCAUUCACAUGGAAAGGUGUUAAAUAUAGGCAAGCUACGAAUUUAACAUACAAAUGAUAUUCUUUUUAAUUUUUUAAAGAAAAUUCUUGUCGUUUUACGUUAAGAGUUACGAUAAAAAUCUGACGCUACUAAAUUCCGAUGGUGAUACAUCAUUAACGUAGUCGUCGAUUAAUAAAUUUCAAAGAGAAUCGAAUAAUUCUAAGUCAAUAAUUCAUUCUUAACGUUAAGAAAAUUAAUGUUAUACGUUUUUUUAAAUGCGCACAGCAUUUAUAUCUUCUAUAUUGUUUGUCAUUUAUUUCAUUCACAACUAUGUAUAUCUCGACGAAUUUAAAUUUCAGUACGUAUCGCGUUAUCAACUUCAUUUUAAUAACAAACUAAGCACAGUAUGCGAGAAUGCCUGAGAUCAAUUGUUAUUUAUCCUAUUUUUAAAUACGUCAUCUUCCAAUACAAUUCUUGCCAUAUCACAAAGUAUUUUAUUUCGAUUUGCUUCCUGUAGGAUUUUUCUGUAAAAGAGUUAACGUGCAUCGUUAUAUUAAUAAUGCAAUUGCAUUUUAUUAUAAAGAAAGAAAAUUAUAACUAUAUAUAAGAAACUUUAAAUACAAAUGAAUACAUGUUAUCUUGGAUAAUGUUACAAAAACAUGUUUGAUGGUAAUUUAGCGUAUAGGUGUUUAUAUGAAAUGUUUCUGGAUUUAUAAAAUCAAUGAGAAACAAAUUAGCCGAACCAUUUGUAAAUUUUACAAAAAAGAUUUUUAAAUACGAUAUCACCAUUUCUUGUUGCCAUAUAAUUUUCAACGUACGACUGAUCGUUUAUAUUGACUCGUGGUGACGCGUUCAAUCCAAGAUAACCAAUGUAAAAUUAAUUCAUGUAACAGUAUCGUAUUUGUAUGUACAUAUACUAAUAUAUUUUCCAAUCUUGAAAUUGAUUAUACCAUUCAGGUCUAUACAAGCAAAAGUAUAAAGAGAACGUUUUAACUCUAUGCGGUCCACAGCCACUAUAUCGGGAACAUAUCAAGUCGUUUUUAUAAGUCCAUGGGCACAAGAAUAAGACUACGCUCCUUUUCUCUGGACUAGUGUGUACGAGCAUUGUGUUGCUUAUAUUUAUUAUUUAUAGAAAUUGUAUAUAUUACAGUAAUUUACUAUUAUGCCCGUUAAUUUACAAAAACUUUAUGUACCCGUAUACCAUCUGUCGACCGCAAAAGAUUGAAAAGAGUGAGUGACACGCAAAAGAAAAUAUUGUUAACUGUUGUAAACGCUAGGACAAGAAACAAUACUUCCAAUGAAUCUCGAGUCUUCAGCAAUAAAUGUGCUCAUUCUGGUCUCACUGGAAAGAAAUACUCUUAAACCAUUGAGCCGGCUACAUAGUUACGGUCAAUUCCAUAAUAAUAAUAGUAAUAGUGAUAAUAAUAAAAAAAAAUGGAAGCAAAUGUUUAUGUCCUAGUUUAUGAAUACCGAUUUAUAAAUGGUAUUGGAAAAACAUAUAUUAACUGUAUUUCAUGAAAAAUAAAUAUUAUCUUAUUUUA